AUGUUGCCCUAUUAUAAGUUUGACAAAAUCAAACAAUUCUACGGUGUACCACAUACAUUAGAGUAUCGCAAUGGAUACCGAAUUGCAACGGCACUGAGUCAGGAAAGUGGAUGCAAUCGAGUCUCGGAACUGACUAAAACAUUACAUGACUGCACUUGGAUGUAUGGCCGUGUGAAACCGAAACCAAUUGCACCAUUCAAACCCGAUUUCGUACAAAAUGACAAAAUCAUUUUGACCUUCGACGGUUUUUUUCGUCAGAAAGUUUUCGAACCGAAUGCAGAGCAAUAUGAUUUGAUUCGCAAAGUUAAAAUUAUGUACUUUAUGGUUGACGAUACCAUAACAGUCGUUGAGCCAGCGUACAUUAACAGUGGCUAUUCACAAGGACGAAUCAUUCGACGUUCACGCAUCACAAAAGAUCCACAUCGUAAUUUGCAUUUGACAUGGAAAGAUUUGAAUAUUGGAAUUGAAUUGAAAAUGUUUGGAAUCACUUUUCAUUUGACUGACUGUGACUCAUUUACGAAGGAGUUUCUAAAAGCGAAUGGAAUCGAAUUGAAUGACAUACAUGUGCCGCCGUCUGAACCACGGCUCUUUAAACAAAGGCCGGUCACAGCCCCUGUGAAUCGUUCCGUAUGCUUCAAAAAUUCAGAAAUAAGACCGAAUAUUGGGAUUGUUUUAAGUUUUGAAAGCAUUCGAAUCGAUGGAAAAAAGCAAUUGCAUGACUGUGUGCCAUACUAUAUUUCAUAUUAUUUGGAAGAUGGCACCAUUUCAGUGAAGGAACGCAAACACCGAGAUGAGAGCUUUGAUUUUUGCCCAUAUUUGAUAAAACGGAUCCGAGUGCCGCGGUAUUCAAAGCAAUUAAUCAAUAAUUUGAUUGUGGCAGAAGAGGAGAGUUUCAAUGAACAAAAAGACGAAAGAGACUUCAUUCAGCCAAGCGAUUUUGUGGUUGGAAAAGAAGUGAAUUUACUUGGGCAUCGUUUUUUGAUUCGCGAUUGUGACGCACGAACACGACAAUAUUACGAAGAUAUUCUGAAGGUGCAGCAAGGCGAAAGGGUUAUGAUUGACAAAAUUCGGCCGAUCCAAUUGAAAACUGACAUUCCCAAGUAUAUUGGUUUUGGUACACCUGAAGAUUCAUUGGCCUCCUGCAAAAGUCUUGUUCCAAGAGAGCCGCGUAAAAAUAUUGUUCGAUAUAUUGUUAAUGCGAAUAAGUAUCUUCGAUUCGGUUGUGUGCUUGAUUCUGCUCGUCCAGAAGAUCAGAAUCGUCAAUUUAUUCUCAAAUAUUCGUUGGCCGAUGGCAAAAUCGGUAUUAAUGAACUAUCGAUUACGAAUUCUGGAAUUCAAGGCGGAAAAUACGUGUCGCCACAACUGAUUGCUAAGAAUGAUUGCUUCAAAAACGAACCAGACUACUAUACGUGCAAAGAUCUUUAUAUCGGUGCAAUUCUACACGUCAACUGUCGCCGUUUCAUAAUCACAAGUGCGGAUUUGAAUGAUUAUCGUUAUAUGCAAGAAAAUCCUGAACUAUUUUCGCAAGAAGCCAUCGACAGCGUCCGAGAUUACCUCAUAUCAACCAAUUGCUUGAGUUCAAAUGAAGCGCUAAUAUGUUCAUCUUAGAAUUUGGUUGCAAAGCGGAAACCGUAAUUGUCUGUACAUUUUCGUAGUAGAAACAGUAGGCUGAAUAUUGUUCGUAAUAUUGUAUCUCGUAAGCAUUGAAGAGAAGGUCGGAUAUUUCGUUUUUCAUCACGGUGCAUCUCUUUUUCGUCGAAUGCAAUUGAUUGCAAGUACUAAAUUAGCUUUCCGUAUAAAGUGGUGGGUGUCUGUGGUUAGGUAAUCUCGCAAACGAACUGAUUAAAUAAAUCAAUAAGAAGGUUUAGAAUAUUUUGUCUGAUUCAAUUGAGAGAAGCCCCCACUGGGCUCGAGCAAAUCGUACACGUCAUGCUCAUCAAAUAUGUAAAUGAUAGGAAUUUAUGUCGGAUUCGAUCAGCCAAUUAAAAAUACAUAUGCCACGGCGUAUCAACGGUAGUUUUGAAAGUAAAAGUUGAUAUGGUUUAUUAUGCGAUCGAACCUAUUGCCAUUGUACAAUGCGUCACAUGCACAAAUUAGCGAAACAUUCGAAACAUUUAGAAUGAAUAAAUUGUUUACAAGCGAGGAGACGAAAAUCGACUAAUUCGACAAAGUAGUCACAAAUUUUGUAUUUAUUC